ACAUAUUGUAUUACAUUAUUCCGUUUUUGUUUUAUUUUGAGACUUUACUUCUGUUAUUUCCGGUUACUUUCUUUUUCCGGUUACAGCCAUUCGAUCUUUGUAGAUCGGCAUGAAGCUGAACGUAUCUUACCCAGCCACUGGCUGUCAGAAGUUGAUUGAAGUUGAUGAUGAGAAAAGACUUCGACCUCUCUAUGAGAAGAGGAUAGCCACUGAAGUCUCUGCUGACUGUCUUGGAGAUGAGUGGAAGGGUUAUGUGCUGCGCAUCACAGGAGGCAAUGACAAGCAGGGAUUUCCCAUGAAGCAGGGUGUGCUCACCAAUGGCCGUGUAAAACUGCUGAUGGGCAAGGGCACCUCAUGCUACCGUCCCCGCAGGAAUGGAGAGAAGAAGAGGAAGUCUGUCAGGGGCUGCAUUGUUGACGCUAAUCUCAGUGUGCUGGCCCUCAGGAUUAUCAAGAAAGGUGAGCAGGAGAUUCCCGGCCUCACUGACAAGACAGUUCCCCGUCGUCUUGGCCCCAAGAGAGCCAGCAAGAUCCGACGUCUCUUUAACCUGAGCAAAGACGAUGAUGUCCGACAGUAUGUUGUCAGACGACCACUGCCAGAGAAAGAAAACAAAAAGCCAAGGAGCAAGGCCCCCAAGAUUCAGCGCUUGGUGACCCCUGUUGUACUCCAGCGUAAACGCCACAGAAUCGCCCUGAAGAGGCGCCGUGUUGUCAAGAAGCGUGAGGAUGCAGCAGAGUACGCCAAGCUGCUUGCUCAGCGCCUAAAGGAAGCCAAGGAGAGGAAACGCAGCCGUAGCCGUAGUAACAGUCGCUCCGCAUCUACUUCCAAGUCGGAGUCAAAAUCUUAAUUUAACUGUUAAAAUGCUGGAAAUAAAGAGAAAAAACUAA